CCACAAAAGAAAACAGUAAGAAAAAUCAUGAAGAACUCUAGCUUGGGAAAAUCACUUUUGGUGUUGCUGGUUUUUGCAUUUCUUACUUACUGCUUAGAUGCAAGAUUACAAGGUUGUCAGCCGAGUGGAAAAAUCAGAGGCAUAAAGCCACCUCCAGGACAAUGUAACCCUGAAAAUGAUUCGGAUUGCUGCAAACAAGGCAAGUUGUACACUACUUACACAUGUUCACCUCCUGUGACCGGUAAUACCAAGGCUGUUUUAACCUUAAAUAGCUUCCAAAAGGGUGGAGAUGGUGGUGGACCAUCGGAAUGUGACAACCAAUACCAUUCUGAUGAUACUCCGGUUGUUGCACUUUCAACUGGAUGGUACAGUGGAGGAGAUAGGUGCCUUAACUAUAUCACAGUAAGUGCUAAUGGAAGAAGUGUGAAGGCUAAAGUUGUAGAUGAGUGUGACUCUACCAUGGGAUGUGAUGACGAGCACGAUUAUCAGCCUCCAUGCCCAAAUAACAUUGUUGAUGCCUCUAAAGCAGUGUGGGAAGCCUUAGGUAUACCUGAAGGUGAUUGGGGUGAUUAUGACAUUACAUGGUCUGAUGCUUGUCAGCCGAGUGGCAGUAUCAGAGGCAUAAAGCCACCACCAGGACAAUGUAACCCUGAAAACGACUCAGAUUGUUGCAAACAAGGCAAGAUUUACACCACAUACAAAUGCUCACCUCCUGUGACCGGUAAUACCAAGGCUGUUUUAACCUUAAAUAGCUUCCAAAAGGGUGGAGAUGGUGGUGGACCAUCAGAAUGUGAUAACCAAUACCAUUCUGAUGACACUCCAGUUGUUGCUCUUUCAACUGGAUGGUACAGUGGAGGAGAUAGGUGCCUUAACUAUAUCACCAUAAGUGCAAAUGGAAGAAGUGUGAAGGCUAAAGUUGUAGAUGAGUGUGACUCUACCAUGGGAUGUGAUGACGAACACGACUAUCAGCCUCCAUGUCCCAAUAACAUUGUUGAUGCUUCUAAAGCAGUGUGGAAAGCCUUGGGUAUACCAGAUGGUGAUUGGGGCGAUUAUGCCAUUACAUGGUCUGAUGCUUAGCACAUCAUUAUAAUAUUGAUGUUAUCAUAUCGAAUUUAUUGAUGGUGUGAUUAUAUGUAGUAUGUGGGCAUGUGAUGGGCAUAGAUAUAUACUACUGGUAAAUUUGCAUGUAUACUAUUCUGAAAUUACAGUUAAUGAAAUUCUGUUCAUAAUAGACAGUAGAUUAAAUUUCAUGCCUAUCUUUCAGAAUUAAUAAAAUCUGAAACUGGUUAAUCUAGACGUUCAACAUUUAACCAAGAUCAAUCAGUCAACUAGACCCCAACCUCAAUUUAGUAAAGACUGCAUCAACUAGACUACUUUUACACCGACUCCUUGUUUAUCCGAGCUAGGAACUAGCUAUACUUUUAACAUAUUCAGAGUUGAGAAUUGGCCUCAAAUAGAAGAGGAAGCCAAACCAGUUGAUCUCUUGGUUUUCAAGUUCAAUAACAGGAAACCGCAAUGUCCCUGGCUGCCCUACAUGCCUAUUUGUUAACUACAGCAUCUCAAUAGGACAGUUUUGCAAAAAAAAAUAAAAAUCGUGUGAGUUAUUUUAAGUCCACAUCCCUGUGAAGUCACUGUAUAUAGUGUUGUCCAGUGUCAAUCGAUCAACUGACCUUAUGUGUUCUAGAUUAAAUUGUGUUGUGAAAUAGGUACUGUAAGUUCCAAUAAUCUUCAUUGUCUGACAUACAUUAUCAGGAACUAAGUUAAUUCAGCAUGUAAAUAACUUUUCGCGAAUAUCUGAAUUAUUGAAGUUAUGUACUUUUCAUUCAAGAUGAGAUAGCAAACUUAUAUCUAUUUGCAUAGUUUGUUGUUUUUUUCAAUGGAAUGGUUUAAAAAACACAUCCAAGAAACUCCAAGCAUAGAAUAAUUACAGAGGAUCAUGUUACAAAAUCAGGCAGAGAUAUUAGUCCAAUGACCUCAAGAAAUUAUAAAAAUAUGUCAUCCACAAAAAGAUGAAGAAAAAAUUAGCUACAUUGAUGGAACAGUCGGCAACUGGAAGACAAAACCACAAUAUGUUACACGCACAGACUAAAGCCUACAGCAUAAA